CGAACGUCAUCAUCAUUGUGUGCACUUCGUUACGCAUUAUUCGACAAACUUAAAAGCGAGAACUUGCUAUAAACGCUUUUGUUCUAAGAAGGUGUCAAUACGUCGCGUAUCGGAUUCGCAAUAUGUACGGGAAAUUCGCAAUUGCGUUAUUCGUUGUUAUUUUAUUCAGAAAUUCUUCAGCGCGAAAAAGUGAAGAAAAAUGCAAGGAAUAUGCCGAUCUGGUUUAUGAAACUGAAAACUCACCGACUUUGCGUAUCAACGCUGGUUCGAAUAAAGUAUCUCGCUGCGCGAUUAUUGAAACGCCUCUUAUCAUUGGCGGAGUGCAGGCAAAACCCGCGGAAUUUCCGCAUAUGGCGGUGAUCGGGUAUGGCAAGAGCGAGGUGUCCUGGCAAUGUGGAGGAAGCAUAAUUUCUGAGCAUUUUAUUCUGUCAGCGGCUCACUGUUUGGAAUCUCCUGACAAGGGUCCUGCGACCAAAGUACGCGUCGGCUUGAUUAAUUUAUCAACUCCAGACGACGUUAUGCAAGAGAGGAACAUCGUGGAUAGAAUUAAGCAUCCGGAUUACACACCUUCGGUUAAGUAUCACGAUAUAGCGUUACUUAAACUUGAUCGACCGCUAGAGUUAAGUCCUCGAGUGCGACCCGCGUGUCUCGAAGUAAGCUCGCAGAUACCAGGCAAAAGUGCUAUCGCUUCUGGAUUUGGGAAAACUUCUUACGAAGCUAAUAUCGGUAGCAACGAAUUAAUGAAGGUGCAGCUGAAUUACAUAUCUGAAGACGAUUGUAAAAAGAGUUACGCUGAGGAUAUUGGCACACGUCGAUUGCCUGACGGUUUGAUACAGGGUUUACUUUGUGCCGGCAUAAUGGAAGGCGGUAAAGACACUUGUCAGGGCGACAGCGGUGGUCCAUUGCAAAGGGUUCUCGCACAACCUUAUUGCAUGUAUAGUGUCGUGGGUGUGACAAGUUUCGGAAAAUUUUGCGCUUUUAAAUCUUCUCCCGCGAUGUACACCAGAGUUAGUUUUUACCUCGACUGGAUCGAGAGUACUGUUUGGCCAUAAAAAAUCAGAUCGAGGUGCAUCAUCAAAAAAUGUCAAUCUCUAAUUUUAAUUCCAACAGCUUCAAAGAGUAAUUGUCGAAGGAUACAAAAUUACAUAGAUGACGAGAGAAAUAAAAUUAAUCGAACGAUCGAAAGGAAAAGAAAAUCAUAUCACGUAUAUAUUAUUUGCAUUGUAAUUUUUAUUGCAAAAAGGAUAAUAAUAAUUCUCAUUGAUAUGUACAAUAUGGUACCCAAACGUAUGUGUAUGUAUAUAUGUACGAACCACAGUAUAAUAAACAUUUUUAAAACUUACAUUUUAUACAGGGAACAUAUCUCAAAUAUAUAAUAAUUAAUGAUAAUAUCGUGCGCAAUAAUUAUUAAUA